AUGGAUGGUAACCAGUCUCUUAAGCUCGUCGAUGACCUCUUUCGAUCCGGUGUCACUCGCAGUGAUGGUCGCAUGGACCGCACUGAUAUCUGGCUGACUCCCGAAGCAGUCGAUCAAUUCAAAGAUGAGGUUGCUCGAUUAAAUCAGCAACCUCAACCGUCUACAUCCAGCGGCAGUGCACCUGGACUCCCAGACGAUGCACAUGCAGAGUUGGAUGACAUUGACGACGAUGUUGCAGCAGAGCAUGGCAACACAGAAGGCGUGCUCAAGCCGAUCACAGUAUGCGUGGAGCGCUGGCGCAAUGCCGGUCCAAAGGUGCACAAAAAAUGUUUGCAUUGUUCGCACGGAGAGUUGAUGAAACAGCCCCUCGCCAUCAUUGACAAGCUCAUUGAGGUUUACGGCACUAAUGUUAAGGUGGGGUACGACAUCGCAUGUGCAUUUUUGAAGACGCUCGCCCGUAGCUCUCUUGGACCACAUGCCACAAAAGCGCGCAUGUCUGGGGUGGUGCCGGCAUUUCACGGGCAUGGUCAUAACUGGGGAUGUCAGGUACACUGGCAUCCACUAUAUAUGGAUGACGUUGGCAAGGAGGAUUUUGAGGGAUGUGAGCGGUGCUUCUCUGAGUCGAACGCGCUUGCCCCUGGCACGCGACUCGCCACAUCGUUCCAUCGUCAUCAGGCAAUCGAACAGUUUUUCGGAUUUUGGGAUGAACAGAAGCACAUUGAAUCAGGCAAUUUCAUCUACAAUAAUUACAAGCAAGCCCUCGACAUCAUCAUGCAGGACUCGGAGGUGCUCGAUGUUCUGUCCGAGGAAUUGAAUAUUGGGCCGGCUGAAUAUGAACGAUACCUGGAGGAAGAGCGAGAAUACCUGAGCGGGCUUAAGGUAGAACCGCCCGAAGUGGCACGCAAGGUGGAUUACAUGGAGGCAUUGAAGCAUCUCGAAGAAGCUGGGCAGAAAUGUGAGCAGGCAUGCGUGGAAUUCAACAACCUCGACUACAACAUCAUCUACAAGGGGUACCAGAAAAAGGAAAUUGCGAAGGUGCAGAUGCUGUAUCGAACGACUUACAGCUGGUAUGAAGGAGUUGCCGAAGAAGUGCGGCUGAUAGAAGAGGAGCUAAGUAUCAUCGAGCGAUGGUUGCCUGGGACCCAGGAGUACAUAGAGAUGACUGCAGAAUUGGGAAGGCAUAAGUAUCGGCGUGCCUUGGACAACCUGGAGCGAUUGGUUGUGCAGCGGCUGUUUGAGCUGAUGAAGCUUGGCAUGAGCGGUGUCGGAUACAAACUUUGUGAGAAGAUUGGGAAAGCCUUGAAAACACGAGCAGAAGCCAUCAAGAAGGCUCUUGCUGAGUACAAUCGCUGUGCCCUGGAACUGUCACCUGCACGCCCAACUCUGACGUGGUCGGAGGUAAUGGACAUGGUGUCCCUGGCGGACUUUGACCUGCUACGUGAUGCACGUCAAGAUAUCCAUACCCUACCAUGGGCGCAGAUUCAUGAGAAGAUUGCACACCACCUCUACCAGACCUCACAACUCGCAGGAUUCUCAGAGAAGGUGGUGUGCAGUCGCCACAUUGGGCGUGAAACUGGUCCGACCCUUGGUAUACCCCUACCGUCCUGGGCGUGCUAUAGUAAUGGCGACGUGUAUCUGGCUGAAGAUGAAGAAGAAGACGAUGGCUCUCAUGGCAUUCCAGGGUUGAGUUCCGAGCUGGAGGCGAUACAUCUUGUUGACUUUUUUGAUGAUCUAGGCAGACAGUAG